AUGGCUGUUGCAAUGCGGCAGGAAGUUCGCAGAUCGCAGUUGCAGCCCAAUGCCACAGGCGAUCUCGAAGCCAUCUUCAAAGUCGCUGGCACGACUGUGACAGGCUUUACAAGAAAGACUUUCGAGCUUCUGGACAAGCAUCAAGCGGAAGUGCAUGUUGAGGAUGUCUGCGUUUCUGCGGUACCAGAAGAUGCCAGCACUCCGAUGUAUGGUUUCCGGCCCAUCUAUGGGAGCAUCCAGAGAGCCCAGAUGGUGCCCAACUUCCUGUUGCAGGGCCUUCUUCGAGCAGCGGGAUUGCAAGACCUCGAAGACUUGAAUGUUGUGGAGGUAAAGAUGAGGCCUACGUGCAUGGUACAUGGCCGCCUGGCAGGCAAGCCAGGUGAAUAUCUAAAAAACUGUCGCAUCUUAGUUGAGCCCUUUGCAGUUUGGUCAUGCACCGCUGCCGUCACGAUCAGUCAAGAAGGUGGGCCGCAUAAUGUCGGAACAUUUGAGAGCCCUGUGGCCAUGGUCAGCUUGAGCGCGACGGUGAACAUUGCGUGCAAGUUUCAAAGCAUGCAGACCACAGUCGUCUUUGAUUUCUAUGCCGAUGGGAGGAUCGAAACGCGUGACUUGAGUUGA